UCGCUGCGAGGCGCGGGCGGAAGUGGCGACGCUGGCGUCCCGGGAGGCGGCGGGCGGCGACAGCCCGGGCGCGGACGCCCUCGGCGCGGGCUGGGGCAUCACCAAGGGCCUCGACCCCGAAAUGGCGCUGCUGGCCGAGCACCUGCUCAAGCCGCUGCCCGCAGACCGGCAGAUCGAGACCGGGCCCUUCCUGGAGGCGGUGGCCCACCUGCCGCCCUUCUUCGAUUGCCUAGGGUCCCCCGUGUUCACGCCCAUCAAGGCGGACAUAAGCGGUAACAUCACCAAAAUCAAAGCCGUAUAUGACACCGACCCAGCCAAGUACAAGACCCUGCAGAACAUCCUGGAGGUGGAGAAGGGCAUGUAUGGGGCGGAGUGGCCCAAAGUGGGGGCCACGCUGGCGCUGCUGUGGCUGAAAAGGGGCCUGCGCUUCAUCCAGGUGUUUCUGCAGAGUAUCUGCGACGGGGAGCGGGAUGAGAACCACCCCAACCUCAUCCGGGUGAACGCCAACAAGGCCUAUGAGAUGGCCCUAAAGAAGUACCACGGCUGGCUGGUGCAGAAGAUCUUCAAGGCCGCACUGUACGCAGCACCGUACAAGUCCGACUUCCUGAAGGCGCUCUCCAAGGGGCAGAAUGUGACUGAGGAGGAGUGCCUGGAGAAGAUCCGCCUCUUCCUGGUCAACUACACGGCCACCAUCGACGCCAUCUAUGACAUGUACACCAAGAUGAACGCGGAGCUCGACUACACGGUGUAGCCGCCCGGACACAGCCCCACGCGGGCACGAGCAACCAUCACUGUGAAUCAGGCUGGGAUCCUCGCUCAGUGCUGCCCGGCAGCCAGCCCGGGGCUGCAGGGGCGGCCUUAGCUUGUUAGAGGUCUUGUUUUCUUGGCUUGUGUUGUCUUGGCCUAUUCUAAUGGAGCAAUAAACACCUUCCACUCACUUCCCCAGCAGCUCGGCUGAGCUAGCAUCCUUCCAGUGUGGUUAAAACCAAUUAACGUUGCUAACAGGAAUUCCUAGGGUUUUGUCUUUUCCUCCCCUACCUUGCUCAGGGGAGCCCAGCUCAGGGGAGACGUACACCUCACCCAGCAGAGAAGCCUGGUCUAUCUGGCCCAAGGGUGUCUUGGAUGUUUGAAGGACAAUGGAGUCUGAUUGGAAGUUCAGCAGGGGCCCUAAUCUGGCUGUCCUUUAUAAGGCAAGCUGGCAGGUGGCAGGAACCUCACAGGGCUCACACAGCUGGCAAAACCAGCCCUGUCCCCCCCCCACUCCCUCCCUCCCUCCCCCCUUCUCUCUCUCCCCUUCUGUCUUUUGUCAGACAGGUUUUUGUUUUUCCCUGAAAUGUACCAGCAAGCCUUUUCAAGCGGCUGACUAGGCACACGAGGGUGACCACUCGUGACUGUAUUUGCAUUUUUCUGCAUAAUUACUUUCCUCAGGGUGGGCUCUUCCAACCUAAGAAACUGCCUGUCCUGGGAGCCCUCUGGCUGCAGAGACCCAAGAAACUGCCUUGCUGCCUUAACUGUCCUUCUGGAGCUGAAAGAGCUAUAUUUUUUAAAGUAUUGGGGUAAACACACCCUGAAAGAAUUGUUGUAUGUUUUAAAAAACAAAAAAACAAAAAACCCAAUGAGGAACAAUUGGUGAUUUUUAUGCAGAAACUAAAUAAUCCUUAAUAAAUCUAUAUUUUGAAAUCACA